AUGCCGGUAUUAGGCCCUCGUCUCAAGAAACGGACCCGGACCCGGGCCGCAGGCCGCGCCAGGUGGCGCGCCGCGCAGGCUAACACCGCAGUCCCCCCCGCCCCGCUGACGCAGGGGGUGGGGCACCGUGAGCAGCAGGAGCAACAGCACACCCACCGCACGGCCCAGGAAUACGAAGUCCCCGAGCGCGUACCCAGCCCGUUUUUCCAGGCGGGCGUCGUGAUAUUAGUCACGCUGUGCGCCAUGCUGUACUUUGCGGUAUGGCUUAUCAUCACGGCCCUCCGAUAUUAUUACUUCAGCGCCUAG